AUGUUCCGACAUCCCAAUUCAACACCUUCACGUCCAUCCACACAGGAUUCUGGCAACCUGAAGCCUCCAAAGGCUCCCGAUCGUCCCCUUGUGCCGUACAUGCGCUUCAGUCGUAAAAUGUGGGCGAAGGUUCGAUCCGAGCAUCCAGAUAGUCAGUUAUGGGAUAUCGGUAAAGUGAUCGGACAAAUGUGGAGAGAUGCACCUGAAUCCGAAAAAUCUGUUUAUCAACAGGAAUACGAAAUCGAAAAAACAGAAUACGACAAAGCGUUGAAAGCGUAUCACAAUUCAACAGCAUAUCAACAAUAUUUAUCAGCAAAAAAUCGUGCCAAAAUGGCUGAUAAAUCAAAUACUGUUGGCGGUGUUAUUGCAAGUAGUCGAGGACGUUUGGAUACGGGCGGUGUUGUUCUUCAGCCGGUAGAAGAUGAAGAAGUUUGCGAUCUAUCAUCACGUCGAAUUGCUGCCGUUCGGUUCGAUCGUAAUCAUCGUUUGAUUGCCGAACUUUUCAAUGGGAAUGUGGUGACCGACACUCGAACGAUUGUUGCUCAGAGUCGUAUUGAUAUGUUGCAAAAACAGGCACAUUCGCUAGCAUUACAUCAGAGUAAAUUAGAAGACGAACUGAAAAAAUUGAACGAUGUAUUCCAAGAAAAGAAGCGACAAAUGGAAACAUCGUCUGAAGAAUUUGCAUCUCGUUUGAAGAAAGUUUGCGAGGAUAAACCUCAGGUUGAUGAAGCGAAAUACGUGGCAAUGGUAGAGGAGUGGUCGAAUAAAAUGUUACGAGCUUAUGAGGAUUUUAAAGCGAAACAAGACGCUAUAAGGGCUAAGCAAUGUUGGUAG